AAGCAACCUAAAAGCCAGUUAAAUCAGCUUUAAAAUGGAAAUCGCUACAUCAUAUAUUUGACAUUACGACAGACAAGGAUCAGAAGUGUGGAAUAUGCAAGCUCUGCCCAACUUAUGAAUCUCCAGUCGUUAUAAAAAUGACAGAUGGCAAUACGACGGGAUUACAGCGACACUUGAAAAGAUUCCAUUUGCGUCAUUAUGAACAAAUAAUUUUCAACACUAAGCAAUUCACAAGAUCUAAAUCUGACUUCGUUCAAGAAGAAUUUGAGAGGAUGAUGGUGGAAUGGCUAGCGAUAAAAUACUUACCAUUUUUAUUUUUUGAUUAUGAGGCUACUAAACAAAUAUUUUCCGAUUUGAAUGAAGAAGCAAUUUUGUACAAAAGAACUGCGAUGCGGGACAAAGUGCUCAAGCGCUAUCGUCAAAUGCAGUCAAAUUCUUAAGGCAGUCAAGUCCAAAAUCUCUUUUACUAUUGACGGAUGGACGUCAAUAGGUAAUAAGCCGUAUUAUGGAAUCACUGCCCAUUUUAUUGAUGAUGAUUGGAAGCUGCA